AUGGAUCCUACAUUUGCUGUUACCCUCUCUGAAGAACAGUUCCAUCAAUUUUAUAGAAUGCACAGAGAGCUGUUUAAAUAUCUUGUGAUUGGCCUUUCACGAGACCCAAAAGAGUCAAUGCGAGUUCUCGCCUUAUGGCUCUGGCUAGAGCGCAGGGGAUAUUCUAAUGUGAUCGGCAAGAUAUAUUCUUCAAUAUCCCACGUUUCAAUCAAUGGACUUGCAGAUGAGGCCGUUACAUGCCUUAACUGUAUUAAUACAAGCCUAACCGAUUUAUCAUUUGAAGACGAUGAUGAUCUUCCUCUUAUGCAUAAGAUAAUUGAUAAGAAUAUCUUUCUCAAAAUGUUGUAUGAAAAUAAGGUUUGGGCAACUCAAGGGGUGGCCAAAGUGUUGAAGGAAGUGUGUGAAAGAGCAUUUGGUGAUAUCAUACAAGAAGUUAAUAAACGAGUUUUAGGUGAGUGCUAUCUGGAAAGCCAACAAGUGCAGGGAAUAACAAAUUCAAAGGAUCUUGAAGGUGACAAAUCUAAUGUUGCAAUUUCUUCCAAGAUGAAGCUCGAUGAAGUCAAUGACAUUUCCAGAAAUCUUCUGAUGACGUGGGAGCCAUGUGGAGCUUGUUGA